UGGCGGUAUCCACCUACAAGUUGGUAUUAAACGCCAAUAAACGCAAAGAAGAUGUUGCACACUCCGGUGCAGUAGGUGGCGCCAUGCAGCUUUCAGGCUGGUUUGUUGCCGGUUAUUAAACGUAGAAGAAGACAUGUCGUGAUUGUACGUGGUCCUCUUUGUACAUGAGUCCGUCCUGUUCUGUCUGUCACAUGUAGGAUAAUGGAUGUAAUUAGCUAACGUUAGAUAUUUGUGGGCUAAAGACACAACAACCAGGCACUCUGUGGAUAUUUAUUAGCCUAACAUUUCUUUAGCAGUGACUUCAGGACUGUGCCAGGUUUUGGAUGGAUUCAGCACCCAAGUUUUCACUUUCUUUAGUAAUCGCAGCCAGGGACCUCGGGGUUCAGGAUUCAGGCCGUCCUGUACAUCAGGGAGAGGAGAAUGGUCAAGUAUUUCUGUAACAACAUAGACAUCAGGAGUACGUGGGACCAUGUUGUCUCUGCUUUUUGGCAGAGGUACCCGAACCCAUUCAGCACCCAUGUUCUCACAGAGGACGUUGUGUACCGAGAGGUGACUGCUGACCACCGGCUCCUCUCCAGACGCCUCCUGAUGAAGACCAACCGGCUGCCUCGCUGGGCAGAGCGACUCUUCCCCACCGGCAUGUCUCGCUUCGUGUACAUCGUCGAGGACUCCAUCGUGGAUCCUGUCAACAGGAAGCUGACCACCUACACCUGGAACCUCAACCACACAACUCUCAUGUCGGUUGAAGAGCGUUGUAUUUUCCAAGACUCCGUGGAGCAGCCGACCACCACCCUGCUGAAACGGGAGGCGUGGAUAUCCUCAAACGUUUACGGCUUCUCCAGACCUAUUCAGGAGUUUGGAUUGGCCCGAUUCAAGAGCAACCAGGUGAAGGCCAUGAAAGGGCUGGAAUACGCACUCUCCAACCUACAGGGAGAGACUCCCCAGCGGCUGCUCAGGGACACAGUGAAGGACGCGUCGGAGAAGGCCAAGGAGACGGCCAAGAGCCUGGCGUCAGCAGCUUCUGUCCCACAGAAACCCCAGCAGUACGUCUGACAGGACGGUGCGUGCGGAGCGCCGUGCAGGUGACAUGACACUAUGCCUUUUGAUCUUCUCCAUCAUCUUGUCUGGACUGAAGGUUUUGGUGGGAUCCCGCUGGCCGCUGUAUAUUCCGUGCUUUUCUUUCGUAUGAAGCGGCUACGGCUUGGACUAUUCUCCGUUUUAGUUUUUUUGUGUACGUUAAAUCUCAGGUCCUGAUCCUUUCUUCUGAAACAUAUCGCCUUUUGUGGAAACGUUCAGAUUGUGAUGAGCAGCAUCCGUUAAUGCUGUAACUACGUCGGGUAUAAAAAUGCACAUUUCCGUGUUUUGCCAUGUAUGUAAUUUAUCUAUUUUACUUCAGUGAGCUUCUUUUCAUGCAGAAUUAUGAAACUCUUCUUGAACAGUUUCGCACUUUGGAAUUCAACUAAUUUAUUAUUAUUAUUAUUAUUAUUAUUAUUAUUAUUGGUUCAGCCUACAGCUCUCAUCAUAACACAAGGGUUAUGAUUGUGUGGGGGGGAUGUAUAAACUGUGAACUUUUUUGUUUUAUGGUCGAUUUCUUCAUGAUUUGACAUUUUCUGAUGUUGAAACUGUACUUCCCACUUUUAAAACACAUUACACUCCGUGUGUUACUGGAUGUACACAAUGUGUUCUGGACUAAUGCGCACAUGAAUAAAACGUUUGGUAUAAAUGCUAAUGGUUAGGUUGAUGCCAGAAAGGUCCGAACCGAAGCUUUGAUAAUCGCAAGAUACCAAAGUGAAAAGAAAAGUCAGAUUGAGCUUUCACAUGUCUGCGCUCAGAUGGACUCUGUAAUGGGAUUAGCCUUUAACUGUACGACCGUCACUGAGGCGCGUUAGUGAAAAUAUUUUAGAUCGGAUCCUUUCAAGCUGGUAUGAAGCUUAAGUUGCAAUGAAGAUGAAACAUUAUUGUAAGGAUGUCCAGUCAUUGCAUUCCCUUUUUUAGAUGACAUCUGCUUCAAGACUUGAUUUAUAGUUUAAAAAUAUUAUUAUAUAUAAUAUUAUAUAUAUUCAUGUGAUGUAUUUUGAAGGGUUAUUUAGCAUUAAGCAUGUGUGAUAUAGUGUAUAUAUAUAUAUAUAGAUUUAUUAUAACAAGGUAGAAAGAUAUGUAAAAACAGAAUCUAUUGGAUCUUUAAUUGAAGAAUUUAAUAUGUUUUGUUACUCAUUUCAAAAACAUUUUCUGCCAACCCUGCAAGUGAAAGUCCAAUGUCUGUCUUGUUUCAUUGUCAAAAUGAGCUUUAAUAAAAUGUGAUAAGUUAUUAAUUUAA